CACUUGAAGACCAAGCACCUUGAUCUAAAGCCUCCUCUCUUCUCCUCCAUUAGAGGACAAUUCAAAGCUCCAGAAACCCAAUUUGCCCACCAUUCCCAAUCUCAUAAAAAAAUUCAAGCUUUGUAAUGAACCACACAAAACCCAGAUCUCAUACACCAAACCCAACCCAAUUCAAUUCUCUCUCUCUUUGAAACCUGUGUGAGAGAGAAUUAUUGAUUGCACAUAUAAAAAAUGGCUCCGAUCUUUGAGUAUUUCGUGGUUUGUGGGAUCGGACCCGAGAUACGGACUCUGGAUGGGAACAAAGGAUUUCAUGGAACUGGUGUCAUGUACUUGCCGUCUCUGCUGGACCAGUACCCUCCUUCCAAUCACUCUCUAUACCCUCCUCCACCUCCUCAGCUACCUACCUGCGUUUUACCUGCUGGGGUGUUGUUCUAUUCAUCUGGUUUUGAUUCCAAUGAUGCGUCAACAUUUCCUCGGAGCUACCCAAUUGUUUUGACUGAGGGUGAUGGGUCAAAAAUAUAUGUUAGUUGCAUUGCUUUUCGAGAUCCAGUCAGUGAAGAUAUUGCAGAAGCUUACCGUAUACCUGCGAAUUCAUUUGCUGACAAAUGUAUCUGUCUUGUUUCGCGCUCACCAAGUUUCCGUGUGCUUAAGAAUGCACUAGAAGAACUAUUUGCACUUUGUUUUUCUCCAAGUGGUAGUAGCAAACCAUUAUGGGACAUUAUUGCAUAUAUGGUAUCCAAAGUAUCUUUACCUACUCCUGGAAAGGAACGGGUAUUGUUUGCUAUUGAGAAUUGUCUACUUUCUGUGGAGGCUCCGCCAAAGGAUGGGCUACCUCAUGCAGAUAUAUCAUUUCAGCCAUUGGUACAGUGCUUAGAUGUUGACAACUUAAUUAAACUUUUCACAGCUGUGUUGCUUGAAAGGAGAAUUUUGCUUCGGUCAAACAAAUAUUCGCUUUUAACCCUUGCAUCAGAGGCCAUAUGCCAUCUAAUUUAUCCAUUUCGAUGGCAGCAUGUCUACAUUCCGUUACUCUUUUUCAGUGGAGUAGACUAUAUUGAUGCUCCUACACCAUAUAUGAUGGGUCUUCAUUCAGGUGUUGAUACAUCUUAUUUAGCAAUGGAUGGUGUAGUUGUUGUGGACCUUGAGUAUAAUCUUAUAACCACGUCAGAAGAAAUUCCUCCAAUUCCAGAGCCAGAAUUAAGCUCUUUGCGCAGUGAGAUAAUGAAGCUACUGUAUCCUAAUGUUGUGGCAAUAGAUCAGUUGACGGCUGGUCUAUGUGGUGCAUCUGAGCUGUAUCCCAAAGGUGACAACAAACCUUGGGGAGAGGAUCAUGACUUUCAACUUAGGUUGAUAUUCCUAAAGUUUUUUGCAUCACUUUUAAGUGGCUACCGCAAUUUCAUAGAAAUUUCGGCAACUCAAGUCUUCAACAAUCAAGCAUUCUUAAAGAAGCGUUCUCGCUCAUCUAACCAACCUACAGAGCCCAUGGUAUCUCAAUUUCUUGAAUCUCAUGGUUUCUUGGACUAUCUGGAGAGGUGUAUGGGUUCUGAUGAAAACAGCAAUAAUCUUCUUGACAAGUUGCAAGAUGCAAUUGGAAGGGGUCAGAAUCCUAUUUCAAUUUUUCCCUCAGAUUUAGUAGAGCCCGAGAUUAUAACAAUCUCAGAUCCUGAUUUGGGUGUAUCAGGAUCAGGUGCCAAAUAUACAUAUGAUAGGUUUCCAUCGAACAUAAGAACAGAAGAACAAGAAGAAAAGAGAAAACAGAUACUUGCAACAGCUAGUGGGGCCUUUGAAUACUCAGGAAAGCUUGCUAGUUCACCUUCUGUCCUAGUGGGCAAGGAUUCGAAAGCAGAAAGCCUAAGCCCAAUGGAGAGAGCAGCAGAAAGGGAACGCAUGGUAUUGGACAUCAAAGUUAAGCUGCAGGGUCUAUGGUUGCGUCUUCUCAAACUGGGGGCAACAGAUGAUCCUCUUUCAUCAUUUGAAUAUGGCACAAUCCUUGCUUUAAUUGAAUCUGAUGCUGAGGGGAUUGGUGGUAGCGGGUUUGUUGAAUGUAUAAGGGAACACAUUCAUUCAGGAUGGCACUGUAAGUUGACUGAGGAGCAGUUUAUUGCGGUGAAGGAAUUGCUCAAAACAGCAAUCGGUCGUGCAACCUCGCGAAAUGAUAUGAUGACUGUCAGAGAUGCCAUUGAAGUAUCUGCUGAAAUGUUUAAAAAGGAUCCGAAUAAUGUUUCAGAUUAUAUCCAACGACAUCUUAUUUCUUUAUCUAUCUGGGGGGAGUUACGAUUUUGGGAAGGAUACUUUGACUAUCUGAUGGACCGAUCUUCAAACAAGUCAGCAAAUUAUGCAUCUUUGGUGACGGCACAACUAAUUGUAGUGGCAUCUCACAUGGCUGGGUUGGGACUUCCUGAUAAUGAUGCUUGGUAUAUGAUUGAAACAAUAGCGGAGAAAAACAACAUUGGGUCCAAGCAAUUUAUAAAACUCAGAGGUUUCUUGUCACAUAUUCAGCAGCUAACCGUUGGUUACUGGGGACCCACUUCUUCCAAGGCCCAAUCCAUGUUAGCCAAUGGAAUAGGAUCCCCACGUCCUAAAGAUACUACAGUUGAGAAUCAGCAACCUGCUGAGGCUUCUGGAGUUGGAAGGAGCUGGGUUCAGAGCAUGUUCAGCAAGGAUUCAGCAUCCAGAUCCAAUUCUUUUAGUCGUGUACGGAGAUGGACCUCUGAUGGUGGCUCAUCUGCCACAAAUGAGAAUGGAAUUCCUCAGAAACAAGAUUCAUCAAUUGCUGGGCAAAAGAAAACUCAAACCAGUGUUCGCAUAUUAAGGGGUCACAGUGGCACGGUCACUGCUCUACAUUGUGUUACAAGGAGAGAGGUUUGGGAUCUUGUGGGUGACCGAGAAGAUGCAGGUUUCUUUAUAAGUGGAAGCACAGACUGCACGGUUAAAAUCUGGGAUCCUAGUGUACGUGGUUCUGAACUUCGGGCUACUUUAAAAGGACAUACAAGAACUGUCCGUGCAAUAAGCUCUGAUAGAGGAAAGGUUGUAUCAGGAUCUGAUGAUCAGAUUGUUUUAGUCUGGGACAAGCAAACAACUCAGCUUCUAGAAGAGCUAAAAGGCCACGAUGCACAGGUUAGCUGUGUGCGCAUGCUAUCAGGUGAACGUGUCCUUACUGCUGCUCAUGAUGGAACUGUAAAGAUGUGGGAUGUUAGGACUGACACUUGUGUGGCAACUGUUGGUCGUUGCUCUAGUGCUGUUCUGUGCAUGGAAUAUGAUGACUCCACAGGAAUCUUGGCUGCUGGUGGAAGAGAUGCUGUUGCAAACAUUUGGGACAUCCGUGCAGGAAGGCAGAUGCACAAGCUUUUAGGGCACACAAAAUGGAUUCGGUCCAUUAGAAUGGUUGGAGACACACUCCUAACUGGUAGUGAUGACUGGACUGCAAGAAUGUGGUCUGUUUCCCGAGGAACAUGUGAUGCUGUUCUAGCAUGCCAUGCAGGUCCAAUAAUGUGCGUUGAGUAUUCCCCACUGGACAAUGGAAUAAUUACAGGUUCCACUGAUGGUUUGCUCCGCUUUUGGGAAAAUGAAGAGGGAGGUAUAAGAUGUGUUAAAAAUGUUACGAUUCAUAGUUCAUCAAUACUAUCCAUCAAUGCUGGGGAACACUGGUUAGGAAUUGGAGCAGCUGAUAAUUCUAUGUCUCUCUAUCAUCGGCCUCAAGAGAGACUUGGUGGCUUCUCUAGCACGGGAUCAAAAAUGGCUGGGUGGCAACUCUACCGAACUCCUCAAAGAACAGUUGCUGUGGUUAGAUGUGUUGCUUCGGACCUUGAGAGGAAAAGGAUAUGCAGUGGUGGUCGUAAUGGACUUCUUAGGUUGUGGGAAGCCACCAUUAACAUCUGAGUACGUUGAGCAUUUGAGUGUAAAUUGUCACACGGUAUAUACUUGAAAUGUCAAUUUUGUAAUUUUAUUGUUUUAUUCUUUUCUUCCUAUUUCAUUCUCUUUUAAAAUUUGUGCAAUUUUUGUAAUAUGUUAAAAGGUUGAUGCGUUCUAAAGAAAAAGAAAAAAGCAAAAAACAGACAUGUAUUUCAAGUCAAACCCAUCCUUGCCCAAACAGAUUUGUAAUGUAUAUAAAUGUGUGGAUGCUUUUGUUGUAAUCGAACAAGCCUUUAGAAUAACAUAUCUUGUUUGCUGAGUUCCAAAAUUAUUAUUAA